AUGGGGAUUGCCCAGAUAGUACAUCCGUUUUUCUCUGAUUUAUUGGGAUUUAACCCUGUACUCUCUUUUCUCAGAUCACUGCGUGAAGUCCGCGAGGAGUACACGGCACUGGGCGCGCGCGACUCCGAGGCGCUGGAGAAGCGCAAGGCGCUGGAGAAGCGGCUGGAGGCUGCGGAGGGGGAGGCCAGCUCGGCUCGGGCCGACCUCAAGGUGGCCCUGCAGCGCAUCGACGACCUGCAGCAAGCCAUCCAGGGAGAUCUGGAGCUGGACGACGAUAGCUCCGUUAGUGAUAACAGUGACAAUGAUAACGAUUCUGAAGGAUCUGAUGAAUCUAUCGAAACAUUCCUGGCCAACCACAACAUGGGGUCUGGUCGCCUUUCUACAGCAAAUUCUAGCAAGAGAUCAUCAUUAUGUGAUCGUAGUCCUCGACAGGAAAGGACUUCGAUGUUUGAUUUAAGCCCGAGAUUAGGAGAAGCCUGCACACCAAAGGAAGAUAUGUAGUGUCAUUGAUAGCAAAAUUUACUAUUAUAAUUAUUAUUUUGGAUAUUAUUAAGUAAUGGUGAUUAUUGUUACUUACUAUUAUUUGUUGAAUAUAUUUCUUGAUGAAUGUUUUGUUCAAAGAAUGCUGUUAACUCUGUGGUAUUUCUGGUUAGUCUAGAUAAAUCAAUUAUUGUUUUGUUUCUAUUAGACUGUGUUGCAGCUUUUAUUAUUGGCAUGUGAGGUGCACUUCUCUGCAUUGCAGUACUUGCUGUCAUUUUAAAUUAUGUAUAUUAUUUAGUGUUUAUAUGGAUAUUAUUCGUAUCUAUUUAAAUUGUAUUUAAGAUCUUGUUAAUUACAUUUUGUUUUUGAUUGAGCUGAGCUCAUGGAAUUGUACAUCAAAAGUGUGUGAACUUUUGGAAUUUUAGAUCAUAGUUAUAUGAGUGGAGCUAUAUCUAGUUCAUUCCUUUCACAGGAUUGAUGAUGUUUGAGGGCAGAUCUCUCGAUCAGUCGGUGUAAAUUUUUCAAAUAAUUCCUCAUUUGGUUACUAUCAGUCUAGCUUAUGCUAGCGUGGAUAUUUUAAUUUCAAUCACAUCAUUGUGUUCUCCUCUUUAAAAAAUGUGCAGUAAACCUGUCUUAUGUCAGUUUUUAAGAAAAAUCUACAUCUAUAUCAAUAUAUAAAGUAUGGAAGACUGAAUGCUGAAACAAUCUCCUUUACUUGAUGUGCAACUGUUGGUUUUCAAGUUAUUAUACUUUUUUAAGCUCUUACUUGUUUAUGUCUUUCCCCAUCAAGUUGUAAGAGACCAAUUUAAAAAUUCAAAGCAUUGUAUCAACAGCUAUAUCUUUGUACUUUCUUUAUCUAAAUAGGGUAUGCUGAAGGAUAUAGUUACUUACUAUCAGCAUUUAUAAAAUUUUGUUUAGAACUAUUAUCAGUCAUAUCAUAAGUGAGUAAGAUUUAUACACAACAAUAGUAUUACCAAAUAACUGUUUAUAGGGGGGGGGGGGAUUAUUUUCGAAUCUGGUCUGACUUGGAGACAACACAAUAAAUUGUUCAUCUCUGUCAAUAUCUCAUUGUUUGAAUGGCUCUAGCAGCUUUUUUGGAAUACCUAUUUAAAUUGCAUUUUAAAGUGUUGGUAAUACCCCAGUGAUACCAAAUGAGACCAGGUGCAGCUUGGAGUUAUGUGGAAUUGUGUGAUUUUAUGUGCCAGCUCAUUGUUCUAAGUAGCAAGAGUGGUGUUAUUCUGAAAGGUCAUUUUGAUGGCCAAGUAUUCCAUAUGAAAAGAUGGUUAAGUCUUCCAUGAGUGAAGUAAUGAUUGUUAAGAAUGCUCUAAAACUUAAGGAUUGUUGUGCAAGAAUUAUAAACACUCUCAUCUGAUAAACAUUUUCUCUUUUCCUGUAAAGAUGUUGUCCCCUUUUUGAACUCAAUAUUAUACAAAUAUGUAAUAUAUGUAUUUAUGUAAAAAGGAAAUAUAUUUAAGAACAAGAAGUAAA